AUGGUGUCAGACGCUUUCGUACCGUGCGGCGACCAUACCAAAAUCUCCAAAAGACGGCUUGGUCGCGAGCAGAUAUCGCUAGAAGUAGGUCUUGACAGCGAUAGCGAGAUAUUUGAUGCGCCGUUGAGACAACUACGCAACACGUCCGACUACUUCAAUGACCAACUGGACGACUCUUCCGAGUACUUCAGCCUACCCGAUGAAUCACCACGCACGUUUAGCAUCUAUCUCGAAUUCCUCGCGAACGGUUACCUCCAUCAUCCUAACCCUGCCAAAACCACCGAUGAAAGGAUCUCUUUCGAUAGACUUAUCCACCCCUUCAGGUUCGCCAACGAAUUUGGGAUAAUUUCGCUCCGAAAUGCGGCUCUAUACGAGUUCUUCCUACGCAUCUACGAUGACCCUGACGAUCUCCCGUACAGGUAUAUCUUCAAUAUAUACCAGGCCACUGGAUCGGACUCUUCGCUACGCCACCUUGCUAUCGACAUCAUAGUGAACAUCGGGAUGAAGACGAAUGUUCGGGAAUGGAUGGAUGGCCUGCUCAAAGAGUUCUUGAUGGACUGCUUGAAUUUCGCAAGCGAAGACGGAAUCAUCCCCUUCCCUGAAGACCUGUCUGAAGAUGAAAUCAUCAACUGGCUGGGGGAAAUGAAGAAGGCGAUUUGCGAAGUAUUCCAUGUCCACGAUCCUGAGCCGGAUGAUCAAAAGCUGGAGCCGCGAGCGCGAACUUCCGUUCGUACAGAGAACAACCGCCGUCCUGGGAGGAGAGCAAAAAGAAGACUGAGGGAGGUGAAAGAGGCUGUAGAAGAUGAAGCUCAAGCUCGAAAUAUGGACCUGAAGUUGCAAAAGAUAUCUGAUGAGGAGUCCGCUACGAGGAUGGAGUAUGUCAUGGGUCCGUUGCCUAUCAGGGAGAGGCAUUAG